CCGGGGUGGGGGGGGCGGCGGUUUGUCGCCAGGCCCCCUCCUCCUCCUCUUCACUCGCCCUCCAGCGUAGCGGCUGCCCGAGCACUGCGGGGGGCUGCGCCUGUCUACUCCGCCCUCGACCUGUCGGCGAAAGGUUUAUGCCAGCGUGGCUUCAUUCAUGCAGAUGAACCAAGGAUUGGGAUAGCAGUAUAAAAUUAGAAUCAGACAGCUGACUGCCAAGCAGGAUGCCAUCAACUAACAGAGCAGGCAGCCUGAAGGAUCCUGAAAUUGCAGAGCUCUUCUUCAAAGAAGAUCCAGAGAAGCUCUUCACAGAUCUCAGAGAAAUUGGCCAUGGAAGCUUUGGAGCCGUGUAUUUUGCACGAGAUGUGCGUACCAAUGAAGUUGUGGCUAUCAAGAAAAUGUCUUAUAGUGGAAAGCAGUCUACUGAGAAAUGGCAGGACAUUAUUAAGGAAGUUAAAUUUUUACAAAGAAUAAAACAUCCUAACAGUAUAGAAUAUAAAGGCUGCUAUUUACGUGAGCACACAGCAUGGCUUGUAAUGGAAUAUUGUUUAGGAUCUGCUUCAGAUUUACUCGAAGUUCACAAAAAGCCAUUGCAAGAAGUGGAAAUAGCAGCAAUUACACAUGGUGCUCUCCAGGGAUUAGCUUACUUACAUUCUCAUACCAUGAUCCAUAGAGAUAUCAAAGCAGGAAACAUUCUACUAACAGAACCAGGCCAGGUGAAACUUGCUGACUUUGGGUCUGCUUCCAUGGCAUCUCCUGCCAAUUCUUUUGUGGGAACACCAUAUUGGAUGGCCCCAGAAGUAAUUUUAGCCAUGGAUGAAGGACAAUAUGAUGGCAAAGUAGAUGUAUGGUCUCUUGGAAUUACAUGUAUUGAACUAGCUGAAAGGAAACCUCCUUUAUUUAAUAUGAAUGCAAUGAGUGCCUUAUAUCAUAUAGCCCAAAAUGAAUCCCCUACACUACAAUCUAAUGAAUGGUCUGAUUAUUUUCGCAACUUUGUAGAUUCUUGUCUCCAGAAAAUCCCUCAAGAUCGCCCUACAUCAGAGGAACUUUUAAAGCACAUGUUUGUUCUUCGGGAGCGCCCUGAAACAGUGUUAAUAGAUCUCAUUCAAAGGACAAAGGAUGCAGUAAGAGAGUUGGACAAUCUGCAGUAUAGAAAGAUGAAAAAACUUCUUUUCCAGGAGGCACACAAUGGGCCAGCAGUAGAAGCACAGGAAGAAGAGGAGGAGCAAGAUCAUGGUGUUGGAAGAACAGGAACAGUGAAUAGUGUUGGAAGUAAUCAAUCUAUCCCCAGUAUGUCCAUCAGUGCCAGUAGCCAAAGUAGUAGUGUUAACAGUCUUCCAGAUGCCUCAGAUGACAAGAGUGAACUAGACAUGAUGGAGGGAGACCACACAGUAAUGUCUAAUAGUUCUGUCAUCCAUUUAAAACCUGAGGAAGAAAAUUACAGAGAGGAAGGCGAUCCCAGAACAAGAACAUCAGAUCCGCAGUCUCCACCGCAAGUAUCUCGUCACAAAUCACAUUAUCGUAAUAGAGAACACUUUGCUACUAUACGAACAGCAUCACUGGUUACAAGGCAAAUGCAAGAACAUGAACAGGACUCUGAACUUAGAGAACAGAUGUCUGGAUACAAGAGAAUGAGGCGGCAACAUCAAAAGCAACUGAUGACUCUGGAAAAUAAGCUGAAAGCUGAGAUGGAUGAACAUCGCCUUAGAUUAGACAAAGAUCUUGAAACUCAGCGUAACAAUUUUGCUGCAGAAAUGGAGAAGCUUAUCAAGAAACAUCAGGCUGCUAUGGAAAAAGAGGCUAAAGUGAUGGCCAAUGAGGAGAAGAAGUUUCAGCAGCAUAUUCAGGCCCAGCAGAAGAAAGAACUGAAUAGUUUUUUGGAGUCCCAGAAAAGAGAAUAUAAACUUCGAAAAGAACAGCUUAAAGAGGAGCUGAAUGAAAACCAGAGCACCCCCAAAAAAGAAAAGCAGGAGUGGCUUUCAAAGCAGAAGGAGAAUAUACAGCAUUUUCAAGCAGAAGAAGAGGCUAACCUUCUUCGACGUCAGAGACAAUAUCUAGAGCUAGAAUGUCGUCGUUUUAAAAGAAGAAUGUUACUUGGGCGCCAUAACUUGGAACAGGACCUUGUCAGAGAGGAGUUAAAUAAAAGACAGACUCAGAAGGACUUAGAGCAUGCCAUGUUACUGCGACAACACGAAUCCAUGCAAGAAUUGGAGUUUCGCCACCUCAAUACAAUUCAGAAGAUGCGCUGUGAGUUGAUCAGAUUACAGCAUCAAACCGAGCUCACUAAUCAGCUGGAAUAUAAUAAACGAAGAGAACGAGAACUAAGGCGAAAACAUGUCAUGGAGGUUCGACAGCAGCCUAAGAGUUUAAAGUCUAAAGAACUCCAGAUAAAAAAGCAGUUUCAGGAUACCUGCAAAAUUCAAACCAGACAGUACAAAGCAUUAAGAAAUCACCUUCUGGAAACUACACCAAAGAGUGAGCACAAAGCUGUUCUGAAACGACUCAAAGAGGAACAGACUCGGAAGUUAGCCAUCUUGGCUGAACAGUAUGAUCAUAGCAUUAAUGAAAUGCUCUCCACACAAGCUUUGCGAUUAGAUGAAGCACAGGAAGCAGAGUGCCAGGUUUUGAAGAUGCAGCUGCAGCAGGAACUGGAGCUGUUGAAUGCAUAUCAGAGCAAAAUCAAAAUGCAGGCUGAGGCUCAACAUGAUCGAGAGCUUCGGGAGCUUGAACAGAGAGUCUCCCUCCGCAGAGCACUCUUAGAACAAAAGAUUGAAGAAGAGAUGUUGGCUUUGCAGAAUGAACGCACAGAGCGAAUACGAAGUCUGCUGGAGCGUCAAGCCAGAGAAAUUGAAGCUUUUGACUCUGAAAGCAUGAGAUUAGGUUUUAGUAACAUGGUUCUUUCUAAUCUUUCCCCUGAGGCAUUCAGUCACAGCUACCCAGGAGCUUCUGGUUGGUCUCACAAUCCUACAGGAGGUCCAGCACCUCACUGGGGUCAUCCCAUGGGUGGCCCACCACAAGCCUGGGGCCAUCCAAUGCAAGGUGGACCCCAGCCAUGGGGUCACCCCUCAGGGCCAAUGCAAGGGGUACCCCGAGGUAGCAGUAUGGGAGUCCGCAAUAGCCCUCAGGCUCUGAGGCGGACAGCUUCUGGGGGACGGACGGAGCAGGGCAUGAGCAGAAGCACGAGUGUCACUUCACAAAUAUCCAAUGGGUCACAUAUGUCUUAUACAUAAUUGAGAGUGGCAAUUCCGCUGGAGCUGUCUGCCAAAAGAAACUGCCUACAGACAUCGUCACGGCAGCCUCCUCACUUGGGUACUACAGUGUGGAAGCUGAGUGCAUAUGGUAUAUUUUAUUCAUUUUGUAAAGCAUUCUGUUUUGUGUUUACUUACUAAUUGGGAUGUCAUAGUAUUUGGCUGCCGGGUUUUGUUUUGUUUUUUAACUUUUGGUGAAAUUUUGAAAAGGAGAAUUGAUAUAUAUGUGUGUGUUUGUGCGUGUAUAUAGAGAUACACACAUACAUAUGUCAUGCAUGUGGCAAAAAGAAACUGGCUAAAUAAGGGGGUAUUUUCUGAAUACUGCAAAAAUACAUGAUAAAACAAAGUGGCUUAACUCAUCACUUUUGGGCAACUGUAUCCUCAAAAGUUUAUGAAAAGAUCUGAAGCUUUUCUCCAUAUCCAAUAUUCUGCCACUCAUAGCAGGCAGCAUAUACUGAAACAAGUUACUAUGGAAACACACUUCUAUCCCCUCACCAAUGUAUUUUCUCUAUUAAAUUGUUCUGACUUCUCAGCCUCAUUUGAAGUAAAGAAAAUGAAUAUCCAUGAACACUAAGGGUUGCAUUGACUUUUUCAGAGAGUAGAAAACAACAUGGUUCUUUUUCUGAAUGCUCUGUAGGUUUGUCAGUGUUUUUGUUUUGUUUUGUUGUCCAUUCAAUUGUGCCUUCUUUGUGGCAUGGUGCGAUAGAGUUGCUUAAAGAGAUCACAAGUUGUAUGGGAAUGUUAUCAACAAACCUGUGAGCCUUUAAAGGGGAAGGCUGGAAGAGUGAAAGAGGCCCCUAAAAGUUUAUCUGGUGGGUACAUUAAGCAGCAGAGUGAGGAGAUGAAGCCUAUAUCCUGACAUGUUGUUGCUUAUACUGUGAUCGCUCAACCUAGCUAAGCUCUGGAAUUUCCAAGACCCCAGACAGUACUUUUACUUUGUUUGUGCAAAAACAAAGACAUAAAGCCAAUACAAAUCAAAUGCCCUAGGCAUUUGAAUAAUGCCAUAUUUGCAAACUGCCAUCUAUUGGAAUUCUCAUCACACUACAUAAUUUGAUUAUCCCCUUUGGCUUAUGGGAUUUCCUGUUUACAAAUAGAAUAGCCAAUUAUUUAAAUGUUUAGUUGCCAUAGUGAACCAGGAGUCACUGAGCCAAUGACUUUACCAGCUGCUGACUAAUCUUCAUCACCACUGUAGAAUUUGCUGCAUGUGCAGGUCCUCCUUUAUUUUAAAUGCUGUUUUUGUUGCUGCAAUACUUUGCAAACUUCUAGUUCUCUGAGACUUAAUGAUCAUUGGCAUCAUGUUAACACCAUGCAAUAGGAAACACCACUUCCAGAAGUCUCUAGCCUCAGUGCUAAAGUACUACUGAAAAGAAACUAGCAAGUUUGACAGAUUUUUUUUUAAGAAAUAAUAAUAAAUUAUAGUGGUCAGGGAAUAUCUUGGCAAAAGCUUGACAAAGUUAACUUUUUUUUUUUCCCAGAGAGGGGUGUGUUUUGCCUUUGUUUUGCAAUGAAGGAUCAACUCAAUGCUAAAGUCAGGUGUUAUUUGGUAUUCUACUGCCAUUGUGGUAAUUGAGUGGGAAGUGGGGAGGGAGGUAUAUGUAUAUGACUUGAAGAAAAAAACAUAUCCUUUCUAGUGACAGAUCAGAAAUUCUUAUAAAUUACUGACCUGCUCUUCCCCAGUUGUCUUGAAGAACUCUUGCUGCUAACUCUACAUCCUGCUUAUCAUAUAGUCAGAAGGCUUCAAGGUAGAAUUCUUAAAGUGCCUCCAAUGAUGCCUCUUCACUUAGACCAGACUAAUGACCAAACUGUAAACUAUCACUCUUGAAAUCUUGGUUUUUCUCAACCAAAUUUAAGUCUUUGCCAAGUUGUCAUUCCAAUCUCUGUGAUUCUCUCUCUUUAAAUUGGAUUUUAUGGCAUUCAGUUGAAGGUAACUAGAAGAAAAUUUAUUGUAAGUUUUAUUUAUUGCGAGGUCAGUAGAAUUCCCUCAUAGUUCUAGACAGUAUUUCAUGUAACGUGGAUAUAUGUAAUGAUUGAAAGGGGCUUUAAACAUUUUCAGGAUUUUUUUUUGCAUUUAAAUAUUUUACGAUAUUUUAAAACAACUUGAGAUGUCCCUACUUGGAUGAAGGUAAUAGAGAACUUUAGAAGGUGUUAAUAAGGUGUUUUAAAAUGUGGAAUUCAAUAAUUUUUAAAAAUUCUUGUUAAGGGCCAGAGUGAUUGGGUAGGGUGUGUUUACCUUGUGUGCAGCUGACUCAGGUUCAAUCCCCAAUACUCCAUUUGGUUCCCCAAGUGCACCAAGAGUAAUACCUGAGCACAGACAGAGCCAGGUAUAAGCCAUGAGCACCACCGGGUGUGGCCCAAAACCACCACCCCCCAAAAAAAUUUUGUGUGUGUUUUAGAGUGGCUUGCUAGAUCUGGCCCCUUUGUACUAGAAGGGGUAGAAUUGAGAAACUUGCAGGGAGCUUUGCAUUCAGAAGUUUAAAAUUUUUUAUAUAUCACCAAUUAUGCAUACUAGAAUCCAUUUACAAACUCAGUUACCAAGUUCUUUCAGAUUAUAUGUAUUGUAAACAUGUAAUUGAAUACUGAUUCCACUGUCUUCAGUAGGGCUUUGUAUCUGACUCAGUUGUGGCUAUUCUUUUUUACUUAGGUCACGAUUAUAUCUGGAUUAUUUCAUUAAUUUUAAUUAAAACAUAUAUAGUUGCAAAUGAUUCAAAUUAGUUGCUUUGUGUGUGUUUGUACAAUUUAACUUCUGACUGAUCUCAUUCAUGGUAGGAGUCAUCAAAAGUAAUGCUUAUAGCAAGAGUUAUAGAAGAGUUUGAGAAAUCCUUAAAGAAGCAGGCACUUUCUGAAUUUGUACAAAUGUCACCAUUUUAUCAAAUUUAUACUACCUCCUUCCAUAUAUAUAUACAUAUAUAUAUUUGAAAAAUGAGAAACUUGCCCAACAUAUCAGGAAGGCAUAAAUGCUAUAUCUAGUGACCAGAGCUUGUCAGUAAGUUUUUUGUGUUCACUGUUUCUCCCCAUUUUCAAUUAGCUUUUGAAAAAUGAAAAAAAAAACACCUCAUAUCUUGAAAUAUGUUAUUCCUAAUUGGAUUCCCUUUGUUUGCCUUUAGAUAAUUUUGUCCUUACUAAUGUCAGCUCUAACUCCAAAUUAGAGCAUUUGCAAUAUUUUAAUUAUAUAGUUAUUAGUGAAAAACAUGUUUAUAUUAUUUUUAUUCAGAGCUGCCAUUUCUUUUUAGUUAUUUGUGUGCCUAGAGAUGAAUAGUAAUGUAUUUGAAGAAAGACCUAAUACACAACAUAAUAUGUUGGGUUCUCUAGGCCAAGGAUUUAUUGGUAUAUUGAACUUUUUAGCAUACUUACUGUGGUUUUCAGCUACCUAGAUGUCAGUAUACGCACCAUUCAGUACACUAAAGAAAAUAUCCUUGACACUCCCUCCCACCUAUUUUUCUCAGCCCCUUUUAAAAUUGAAAACUCUUUAAGUGUCUUUUUCAGACCAUAUGGCAGAAUUUGGUAACUUUCUACUUCUUUAAGUACUAAAUAUCUGGCAUUUUAAACUUUUAUAGAAUACAUUGUGUUGGACACUGGAAUAAUACUGUUUAUUUUCACCUGUGAAAAAUGACUUACUGUACUUGAAACACCUCCUUUGCAUUUCUCCAUUUGUGCCAUUCACUAGUGGAAAUAAAUUGUAUUAUACCAUGAUCUACUGGUUUUUUUAAACUGUGUUAAAUAUGCACAUUUUUGGUAUAGCUAUUAUCAUUUGUAUGUAUAUAUUGUAUAUACAUAUGAGUGUCUAUAUGUGUGUAUAGUUAGAUGGAUAUAACUCAUACUGUACAUUUCCAUCAGGGCACUCAAGAUUCUGUUAUUUUUGUUGUUUCAGUCCUCAGUUAAGGCAAGAAUGCACGUGUUUCUUAAGACUGAAUACUCUGGGUUGAUAGUUAUAAAAAGGUGGUCAUUAGAUGCAAUCUUUUUUUUAGUCCCCUCUUAGCACUUGUAUGAGUGGAUAGAAGUUAAAUGGAGAGCCAUCAUUUGCAAGGCAGUAAAAUGGUGUUAGGGAAAGAGCCAGUUAGUGUUUCUCUGAGUUUUUGUUGUAAUGAAAUAAAAAACAAAUGAUGCAGAGAGAAAUUAACCAUGCAUUUUAAAACACUGGUGGUGAUGCUCUGCAAAAAACCAAUAAAUCACACAAUCUUCACAUGUACUCCAAAUAUCUUAGUGAUUCCAUACAUCUUUGUACUCUUUUUUACUCCAUUAAUACUGAUAAUUAUAAAUUUUGCCAAGGACCAAAACAGCCAAGAAAGGAGUUAUUGCUAAAGUUCCUGAAGUUAUCUUUUAAAAUCAGAAAAUGGCCACUGGGAGAGAAGGAGUAUUGGAGUAUUGGAGUGUGGUUUUCUCCUUUUAGCUGCCUCCUUUUGCUUGCUCCUAGUAAGUUCUUUAUGUGCCUUCCACCCUUUCUUAGCCACUUCUGUUCAAUAGAGAUCUGGCCCAAUAUAGCUACCCUUUCAUAGGUUUACGUGGUCCUUUUUUGUGUCAUGCUCACAAUGUGAAGUGUCUAGUGUGUAUUCAAGUCAGAAAAUAAUAUAUUUAAAGUGUUGUAAAUGUGAAUCUCCUAUAAUUAUGGAAGAUGCUGUUUCUUAGGUAAAAAACCUGCCUUCUCCAAAGAACAAAUCUAAAACUUGAGCUGUCAUCUCUGAGUUUUGCUUUUCUAAAUACAGAUCAUUAUUGAAGAGAAACAAAUUAUGUAUUUUGUUUUUCCCUCAGCUAACACAGUACUCCCAACCAGAUUAUAGUAUUGCCUGUGAGAAGGCACUCACUCACUCAGCUGUUAAGAACUGGAAAUGUCCCAUCCUCAGAUUCCUUAAGGCAUGAAGAAUGUGCUAUACACUUAGCAGACUUGCCUCUUGUACGCAAGGACUACUGAUUGAAGUCUAUUUUGCUGUGUGUCUGGUUAUGUUGUCUGCACUUUUAUGAAAUCACUACAAUAGGUCUACAUUGGAAAUUAAUUUGUAAAGUUAUGUUCAACACUGUCUAGAUAAAGUGAAGCAAGAUCUAUUACUGUACAUUUAUAUUUUCCAAUGAAUUAUGAUAGCCCCCUAAAAGUAAUGUUGACUUUUUCCUUGUUUAUAUUCAAAUUUUCAAAAUUUCAAGAGAAGAGAACCCAUUUGGCCUAGUAGUUGUUUUCAGAUCAUAUGAAAUAUGUAAAUUAGUAUGCACCUUAUUUGCCUAUUGUGGGUUUCUUAAAUUUGCACUUAUCUUCCACCUACCCAAAAAAGAAAUAAAGGCAAAAUUAAAAGUGGGGAGCCGUUUGCUAUGUCACCAUCACUGUUUACUGUUUCCCAGCAAUCCUAACUUUUUAAAGUUCCAGAGAUGUGUGUGUGUGUGUGUGUGUGUGUGUGUGUGUAUUUGUGUGUGUGUUGGAUUUAUUUUGUUUUUGUUUUAAAUACACAAGAGCUUCCUUUUUAGAUAGAGAAAAGAGGUUAAUCUUCUUUCUAGGAUGCCCAUUGGAUAUACUAACCUGGACAUCUGUAGGUAGUUUACAGUGAAAACGUAGAGUAGGUGAGACUUAGGAAUGAAUGAGAAGCGUAUCUUAGCCCAAGAUCCCCCCCCCCCCAUCCAAAGUACGGGUAAUUCAACCUGCACAGUUUCCUUUUCACUCAUAGUUUUUAGCAAUUGUGAGUGAAAAAAAAAUCAUGUAAUUAUCUGUAAAUAUGUAGAUAACAAAUUGACCUAGUUUCUGUAUUUUUUUGUUUUUGUACUAAAGUUUAUAAGUCUGUGCCAGCUAGAGAGGAGUUGCUGUUGAUUGCCAGUUGUGGUCCUAGCAUCUAACCCUGAAACCAUCCUAGGUGACUUUUUUAGAAUUAAUGCUUAAAUAUUGUUAAGCAGGGGGAAAUGAAGCUUAAUUGGUUGGGUUUUAAAUCUUUUGAAGUGAAGUCAUUUUAUUUAAUAUAACCAUUAUAAUGUCCUUAAUCAUGAGUGAGAUAGGGAGCCUCCCUCCCCCAGUGGCCAUGUUUACAGAAGUGUGUUUUGUCUAUAAAGUGCAGGUUUUAAUGUUUAUGUAAAUUAUGAGGUGAUUAUGGCUUGGAACUGUUUAUUGGACCCUCUAGCUGAAUUUUUAAUGAAAUUGAUUAUGCUUAUUGCUUGCACAUUGAUAUCAUUUCUGGAACAUUUUUCCUAUUUCCAGAAUUACAUGUUUUUUUUGUCAUUAUCCACUUAACCUUUCUCUGAAUAUGUCUUGUAGCCUAAGGUAUUAAAGACUGGUGAACAUAGACAAGGAAAAUGCAUUUUAGAAAUCUAUGAACCCUCAAUUUGUGUGUUUUCAGUACUUGUGUUAUAUGUUUCCAUGCAACUCUGAGGUCAGUAGAGUUUAGAAAUGAGAUACCAGUGAAAAAUAUGUACUCUGCUUUUGCAUGGCUUGGCUUAGCAUCAAAGGUAUAUUAGGGCCACUUGAAAGCAUGAAGACCAAUUGUAUGGGAACAGGUUUCUCAGUGGCACAUUUUGCUUUUUCUGAGCCCUUAAAUACAUUGCCUCAGCAUGAACAUUUUUAUUUCUAUAAAUUGCACAUGGUCAUGGAGUGAAUUAUGUGAUUGAAAAGGAUGUAACUGCCUAACAUUUGCAUAUUUUGGCUGGUUCUUGUGACUUUGUGGCACAUAUCAAACAAACCUGGGGAAUAUUGGAACCCUUCUAACCCCUUUUUGUCAGAGAUUAUUAAGAUGUUGGCUGCCCUUCAUGUGUUUUCAGACAGCUGGUGCUUGAUUCCCAUUCCAGUUGUGCUUCCUUGCAUUUCAUAAUGGAGAAAUCAUUACACUUUACCCUAAGAGCAUUUUAUGUGUUACACCUUUUAGUCCACAUUAAAUGGGAAUUGUGCCUACUUAGAUUGUCCUUCCACUUAAAAUUAUUACAUACAUACACGUGCCCUAAAAUAAUCCAAGUCUAAGAUACAAGGUGAAAAUGGAAGGAAAAAAAAUGUCUACUGAAGGCCAAUAAUUUAUCUAACAAGAUAUAUUGCCAUAUUAUCUUGACACUAGGUUUAGGAGCUUAUUGGGUGGUUUUAUAGGGCAAAACCUAAGUUGAGAGGGAUAUGUGGGGUUUCUAUUAGGAGAUAAUUUGUUCUGAUUUUACUUUUUAUGAUCUUCUGCUAGUUUAGAACAGGUUAAUUUUCCAAAUACAUUUUCUUUUUCUUUUUUUUAUCUUUUAGGGUGAUUUUUAAAAAGCAAUGGUCUGAUGUAAAUAACAUUUGAAGUAUUGUGCACAUUAACACCCCCAGACUAUUCCAAUCUAAUAAUUUGUAAAUGCUUUAGAAUUUUUAAUUAACACUUGUUUUGCUAAAUCCUAUUUAUGUAAGUCUGCUAAAAUUUUAACCCAUUUAAAACUUAAGAUACAUUUAAAUAACGAUGGGUUGCUUUGAGCAAUUUAGCUUUCAGAACCCCCUUGUUUUAGUAUAUGAAAAAGAGAACCUAAAGCGCAUUGAGGGUUGGAGAUACUAUGAGAAAUAUGUAUAGUGUAUAUUUUAAAACAGCUUUGCUUGUAUUGUGAAGACUUUAAAACAAACUUGAGAUUUUUAACAUAAUUAUUAACACAGUUUUAACAUAAGUUAUCCCACUGGGUUUAAGAGCAUCUUGAAUGUAUAAUCCUUUUUGUAGCCCAGGUUGGUUUCUACUUUUACCAGUCAUCUGAACAUAUUUAUGUUUUUAGUUUUAUGUACUCAUUUCCCUUUGUUUUCCUCAAGCAGCAUGAUUUUUUUUUUGCACACGUAAAAAUCUUUAAAAAGAAAAAAUUAAUACAUCAUUUUUCUCUGGAUUUUCUUCACCUCUUUCUUUCUACUAACCCCUUACCUUAAAAGGCCAUAUUGCUCCAUUUGCAUUGUUUGUGCAAAUGCCAGGGUUGGUUUUUAUUUUUAUUUUUGCUAUUUACCUUAAAAAAAUAAAAAAGCUUCAGUCAAUUGCUUUUUUAUUUAAAAAAGAAAAGGAAAAAAAAAAAGCUGUAACCUUAUCAUUUCUGAGUAGACCAUUGAGAGAUGAAUGCACACCUGUAACAGCCCAGGACCAGCUUUGGUGGCAAAAGGGAAUAUUUUAUCAUAGCAAGAGGUACUUUUCUAAAAGUGGUAUAUAUUAUUCACAAUCUCUUUCAGUUAUUCCCACAAGUCAGGGGUCCAGAUAAAAUGAAGGUUAUCAGCUAAUUGAUAUGUUAUCAUUGAGGUUCAUCAAUGAAUUUGUACAUUUUCUAGUUCCCUUUGGUGAAGGGAAAAAAAUGAUUUUGCAAGACCUAGAUUUUGACUUGGUUUCUUGCCUCCUUUUUUGGCAGCCUUCAUCCUCUCAUCUUCUAAAGCCCUUGAGCCUGUAGGGUUUUCAUAGUGGACAAAGGACUUGUGGUCUUUUAAAACUAGGACUGUUUCUUUCCCUUUUAUUUUUUUUCCUUUUUUGGUGAGAGAUUAUCAUGUCAGAAGUGUGAUGUUCAGCCACUUACAGAUGGCUUAUUUUAAGUACACAGUCCUCUCAUCUUUUGGACCAAACAGAUACCCACAGUGGAGGCUUAUCAAGGGUUGCAGUGAGGAAAAAAAAAAAGCCUCUUCCUCACUGUCAGCACCAACUGGUAAAGGUGACUGUACAGAUGUGCAUUUUCCUUUUGGUAGAAAUGGUCCGCAGCACUAACUGGUAAGGCUUAUUGUACAGUAUAUUGUCAGUAUUCUUCUGGUUCAACAUACCUUAUAGUUCAUAUAUAACCUGUAUUAAUUGUAUAGAUUGUGCAUUUAAAGCUGUUACCAAGUUGUCAGAACAUAAGAAAGAAAACAAGAUCAUAUGUAAUAUUUUGUUUGUAAGUAUCCUUUGUAUCAUAGCAAAGGAAAUGUUUAAAAAAAAUCAACUGUAAUAAAGUAAUUUUAGUACA